AUUUGAAAGGGAGCCCCGUUACAGUCAACGAUUCGUUCGUCUAUUCGUUCUAUUUCUAUAUAGCCUGCAUAAUUCUGUCCAAUAGGCGAAACCUAGAUCGCUAACUUUUGAAAACGUGUAGGUCUAUAAAUUCCACUUGUCAUUCCUCCUCCUUAGUAAGUCUGUACUCCGGGUUUUAUAGCUCGCCUUAUUCUCGUCCCACUCAGUCUCAGCGAGGAAUUGACAACCUCUCACCACUGUAGUCGUUGCGAGGUAGCUUGCGCUCUCAGCUGAAGCUCUCUUUGACUCUAGUCUGUCCUUACGCGAGGCUGCUGAAAAAGCUGAACAUUUGGUUCUCAAUUUCUAUUUUAUCUCCUGACCAAUUCUGAUCCGACUUACUAACGCUUCGUUACGACAAAGCUCUUUAAGGCUAGAGGGAACACAAAAAAGGUUGAACAUUUAAUUUCACGACUUGUCACUGUCCACUAAUACAAUUCACAAUGUCUGGCGAGGACGCACCUGCUCAGCAGCAAAACGCAGAGGAAACAAAGCAAGAGACCAAACCCAGUGAGGAACCGAAAGCUGAGUCCAAGCCGGAGUCACCAGCCAAAGCCGCCGAGGCGGCAGCCACAUCGGCGACGACUGAGAAAGUCCCAGAGGAAGAUCAGUUCACCUACCGCUCCCUGGUCCUCUCCGGCUACGGGGGCUAUGAUAAGGUGAAACUGCAGGUGAAGAAGGGGAAGCCGACACUCAAGGCCGGGGAAGUCAUGGUGCGGGUCAAGGCAUGCGGGCUCAACUUUGCCGACCUGCUGGCCCGGCAGGGUCUGUACGAUCGGCUCCCGUCCCCGCCAGUCACGCCGGGGAUGGAAUGCUCCGGAGAGAUCGAGGCUGUAGGAGAGGAGGUGACUGAUAGAAAAGUGGGGGACAAGGUGCUGGUGCUGAAUCGAUGUGGGAUGUGGCAGGACGUGGCCGUGGUGCCGGCGACCCACACCUUCCUCAUCCCGGAGGGCAUGACCUUCGAGGAGGCUGCCGCUCUGCCCGUCAACUACAUCACAGCCUACAUGAUGCUGUUCGACUUCGGCAACCUGAGGCCCAACCAGAGUGUCCUAAUCCACUCCGCUGCAGGUGGUGUGGGCAUUGCAGCGACACAGCUGUGUCAGACGGUGAAAGAUGUGACCGUGUUUGGGACGGCGUCAGCCAGUAAGCACGAGACAAUUAGCCAGGGCGGGGUCACGCACUGCAUCGACUAUCGUACACGAGACUACGUGGAGGAGGUCCGCAAGAUCAGCCCCAAAGGACUGGACAUUGUGCUGGAUCCCCUCGGGGGCUCGGACACCCAGAAGGCUUACAACCUGCUGAAGCCCAUGGGAAAGCUCAUCACCUACGGUGCAGCUAACAUGCUGGCGGGGCAGAAGAAGAAUCUCCUGGCCGUGGCUAAGACCUGGUACCACCAGUUCUCCAUCCACACGCUCAGCCUGAUCCAGAACAACAAGUCUGUGUGUGGCUUCCACCUGGGCUACCUGGACGGGGAGGUGGAGAUCAUCCAGAAGGCCAUGGCCACCAUCCUGGAACUCUACAGGCAGGGCAAGAUCAAACCACGCAUCGACUCCACCUAUCACUUUGAACAGGUCGGAGAUGCCAUGCGGAGAAUGCAGGAGAGGAACAACAUUGGCAAGGUGAUCCUUAUCACUGAACCCAUGCCCGAGGAGGAGAAGAAAGAGGAGCCGAAGAAAGAAGACAAGAAAAAGGACGACAAGAAGAAAGACGACAAGAAAAAGGACGACUCCAAGAAGGAGGAGAAGAAAGACGACAAGAAGAAGGAAGAACCUAAGAAGGAGGAGAAAAAAGAGGAGGAGAAAAAAGAGGUGAAGAAGGAAGAGGAGAAGGAGGAGCCAAAGGAGGAGAAGUGAGAGGGAUGGAUGGAUGGAUGAAUGAGUGGAUGGAUGGAUAGGCAGACAGGCCAUGGGGUUGUCAUGGGAGCAGGGGUUUAUUUUGGGUGGGGUGAAAGGGGGAGGGAACAUGAUGCGGAUGUGACUGGUCAGGGGAGUGUGGGGUGGGGGGGGGGUGCUUUAGUGUCAUUGCGCAGUACUCGGUCCCUACAAUAAUCUGUCCACCCAGUCUACUCUGACAGCAAAUAUUCUGGCCUGGGACAGCCCCCCCCCCCCACAACAUCUCUGGCAUGAGUCACUGUAUUUUGGAAUCCCCUUCCCACCCCCUUCAUCCCCCAUGCACCUUAAUGACAUCCGAGCUGUUAAAGCAGCCCCUGGCCUCACCUCAACACAAUGGGAAUGUAACCACUACGAUAUGUUCUCCUUUCACUUGGAUGGCAGCAGAACACAUUGGGGGGGUUGCCCAUUUGGGCUCCAGAGAGAGACCGGAGAUCAACCGGGGGCGGACAGGGUGUAGCGUCCAGGCACCAGGGUGUCUCGCUGUUGCCUGGUGAUAGACCCACUUCAACUGACGCUGCUCCCAUGCCCCCCUUCUCUCUCCCCUCUCAAUCUCGACUUCUGCCGUGCUAGGUUUGCCCAUCUGCACCCCCUCAUCCCUCCCACUCUUCCGCCCGACAGUCCACACAGACACCCAGACCAGGCUGGUGCACCUAUGUUGGGGAGGACGGCCUUGAUUCCAUUCACUCCUUCCAGGCAUUACGGAGUCGUCCUCCCCUCACCAGCCUCCUCUGACAUAUGAUACAUUAAAGGGGAAUUUCACUGUUUUCAACUAGAUUCAGUGUUUUAAAAUAGAUUAUUCCUCUCUCUGAAGCAACAUGAUGGGCUGAGAGAAACUGUAAUCUAUGACUUUGUUUGCUUUAAACAACCAUUACAAAAUGUAGCUAACUAUAGCCGAUGCUAGCUAAAUAUCCGGAUUCAAUCAUGGUGUGAUUUUAAAUUAUAAUAUUUUAUCUCCAAAUCACCUAAAAUCAACUUGAUGUACUUAAAGAAUUUGUUUAAUGAAAGUUUGUAAAGGCAACUGAAUCACUGAUUAGAAUAACCUUGUCCAUUAAACUCCCUUCAGGAAACAAUUAAGUUGGCAAAUAAGUGAAAUUUCCCUUUAAACCCUAAUGAAUACAUAUGUCAUCUGAGCUAAAAAUAAGAAUAUUUUUUGGAGAGGAGUACUUUUACAAGGGCCCUACUGUCCCCACACAAAAUGAGUAAGUACAUGUUAUUUUCUUUCUGUGAAACAUUAUAUUAACAUUAUAUUACAUGCUGCAAUUUCUCUCCAUGCGUAGUCCGCAGACACUACAUAUCCCAUAAUCCCGGAGGUGACCCAAUAGAGACUGGCCCACAGUUUCUGACUGAGGAAGCCGGAGAAGUAAUGCACGAUUUAGAGAUAAAUCAGGGCUUGGUUUUCUGUAUAAUCACCUGAGUUCUAAUGAACCAACUAUUGGCAAGCAGUGCAUAGUGCCAAUUAGGAGAGAGUGCUUUCUCUUCAAAACGUGCACAAGUACACAAAUACACAGAAUGAUGUGGUCAAAGAGGCAGUGUUGUGAAGAGACUAAGACAUUUGAACUGAGUAUGAUAAAGAGGUGAAUGUUUCCUGGGUUUACGCCCUGUUUCUCCCCUGACACCUAUCUUCACAGGACCAAGGGGGCUUAAGAGGGAAAAACUCUUGCUGUUAUCACUUCUUACCUCUUGUCUUUCUCUCUUUCUGUGUCUGUCUUUCUCCCUACGGUCGGCAUGGCAACAGGCGUCAUGCUCAUCAGAUGGCCCUGUUUCUCUCCCUCCCUCUCAUAUACCUGGAAUGAGGGAGCAGUAUUAUGGAGCUGUGUAGUGAAACCAGGUUUUCAAGCUGUAGGCUGCUGAACAUCUGUGAGCAGUAGAAUCUGUCUUCAGUAAUUACAUUUAAAUCCCAUAGUCUUUUUGGGGACUGUUGGGGACUAGUCUACCAUCGAUAGUUGGUCUGCCCCAUAUAAAGGCACUGCUGCCCCUAGUGGGAAUCAUUGAGUAGAGCGACACUGGUUUCGAAAGUUGGGUUUUAGGGGAUUACAUUUCAAUUUAAAAAAAAAAAAUACAUGAAGCAGGGUGUUUUGGACCUCCUUAAAUGUAUUAAAUUAAUCCUAUCUGCUCUUAUCAGAAGUCAGUAAUGAACUUAGAACAAAAACACCAUCUGUUAUGCACAGCAUUACCCCCCCCCCCCCCCCCCGCGCACACGCACGCACAUCACUAUCCUCUAACAGUCCAUACACUUCACAACCUGCCUGUCCGCCCACCCGUCUGUCCGCCUGCCCGUAAGUAAAUCAUAAGUUUGAUGAGGGGCUCAGUGACUUUGUAAAGAAGCUGUGUUUGCAUGAGUGGCCUCUCGUGUGUGUGUGUGUGUUUGUGUGUCUGUGCGUGUUUGUGUGUGUGUGAAUGAAGUGUCCUCCGGUUGUCAGGAUUUAAAACGAGACCCCAGCCCAUUACCCCUCCAGUCCCACUGGCUCUGAGUCUGCUCCAGGAUUUCAAAUUGUCUGUGGAAACAGACUGGAAGUGACACACCAAACACACACACUUGUAUGUUUAUAUUUGUAUACAUACAUCGCUUCCUCUGCCAGCUUAGCCCAGGCAAGGUGAACUCCUGCUGGGUGGCAGCUUAAAUCCAAUCAUUCAUCCACACAGGGCUGUGAAAUUGAAAACCCGGAGCAGGGGUAUGGGACCGGAUCCGGAGUAAUGGGUAGUGACUGUUGACAGGCUAUGGUUGGUGUUCUGUUCUGAUGAGUUGGCCUCCUGUAAACCAGUGGACAGUGCUUCUUAUUCCGAGUGCCAUGUGAGAAACAAAUGCUUCAGUAAAAGGAUGUUUUACUUAUAUUUGUUUUUGUUUAUUUGAUCUUUUUUUUUAUUUUAUUUUCUUCAAGGGGUUUAAAGUUCAAAGUUCAUACUCUAUGUGGGGACCUGCUUAAAUAUUUGAAUGUUCAAUGUGAUGAGCCUCUGUCAGCCCUGCCUACUUGUGCCAAACUGUAUGUACUCUUCCUUCAAUGCCUUGACUACAAUGGUGCAUUUAAUGAAAUAUAGAAGACAAAAAAAAAUCUGUUUCUGAAUACUUUUCCUAUGACCUUGUAGAAAAAGGAAAAACACAAAAAAGUUGUUACUGGGUGAGACUUCUGUCCCAAAUUCUUAUUGGUUCUGAUAGAAUUUUGCUACAGUUAACUGAAGAUUCUUGUUGUUUCUGAUUGGUUGGUGUCUUGCUCUCGUUCACUAUGCCUCAGUCCAAGCGCGUGUGUGCGUGCACUUGACAUUUAGGCACCUCGCUCCAUAUCUCAACUCUUUACUGUGCUGAUCUCUGAUCAGUGAAAUGUUUACAUAGUCAUCAGGAUGUAGAUAUCCCCCUACAACAAACUGAGCCCAAGUCAGUGGAUAGGCAUUUACAACCACACCAUAUGUAAUCUUGAGGACUCUGUCUCGGCGAAGAGCACAGCACACUAUAUAACCUCUUAGAAUAAACAAGAUAAAAUGGAUACUGUCAUAAUAGCAGAUUAAACAUGGAGUAUCUCCUCUUUCGAGUUUAGUUUUGUGAACAUCAUAGUCCUGUUUCCCGUUUCUCCUCAGCCUGAUUUCAGUAUAGGGAGAGAGUGGUAGCAGAUGUGUCGGCACAGACAGCUGUGUAGGGGAUGACAUAGCUAGGCUUUAUGGCACAGCUGGAAUUCCAUCUCCAAGACUGAUUUCAGCUAAAGCCGGGCCUGUCCCAGAUGCAACAUAUCCGUCCUAAAGCUGAUCCCAGGUCCAAUACGUCCUCACUCUGUUGCACCUGAAGAGCUCCUUGGCUCUAGUCAAUGAUCAGCCAGCCAAAGCCCUGCCCUCUCCCCGGCCUCUCCACACACGCUCAUCAUUCCAUUCACACAGAUCACCCUCACAUCUGGAAUCAAACUACAUACGUCCAAUGGCGUGUGGUUCGGAGAUUAUGUCAUUUGAUUCAGUGUUUCUCCCUCCCUGUUUGGUUGAACCAAAUGUAGGUUAGACGGCGUAGGUGUUGAGUGGCUGGGCCUGGGGUGUAACUGGGUGGAAGACUUUCAAGCCCUAAACCCGCUCCUCAUCCUACCCCUAGUGACUGUUUUUCCACUUUGGGGAGGCUGUAUAGUGUUUCAGCUUGGGAAUGCUUUUCCAGCCAGACACAUUCUUAUGCAAGCGCUCUUAAACAACGAGAGAUGCUCCUUGUGAAAAACGAGGGCAUUUUAUGCAUUGAAAACCUGACGGUGCUCAUCGAUACUGUGCUAGAUAAUGUACUGAUUGUUAAUGGGAGUUAAGAAAUGUAACGUCCGUUGACUGGCGGCCGUAAUAUCUCACACUGUUUCUCACAGGUCUUUCCAGCUUAGCUCUCAAUUACAUAUGACUACCUUUGCAUCUGCUCAGGAGUUUAUUUGUUCAAUGUCUUGAUCACACGUGCUCACGCACGUACACACUUUCUAUAUUUCCACCCUUUUAAAUAUGUUUGAUGGCGUGUAUACCUAGUUAGAUAACCUCAGACAGUGUGGCUUUUGCCACAUCCAGAGCAGUGCAGUCGUCCUCCACACACCCUUCCCAAAACGAUAACUUGUCUGUCUCUGGCUCUACCUCUAGCAAUCACUUAACUGUUGCUAAGUGCCAACUGACAUUUUCCAACUCUACAGAGAUGCUGUUUGUUGGUGCAGUGGGCCAGGCUUGAUAUCCCAGCAUGCACAGUGCUCUAGGAUCCGUGUGUGUACACCAUCAUAGGUGACUGUUCCUUCCAGAGUUCAGUGGUCAUGAAGGCUCUGUGCGAAGACCUCCCCUCACUAUUCUCCAAAUCACUGCACCUACCCUUCCACCAUCUGUCAUGAUCAGGUCAACCUCAUAAUGAGACACACAUUAACCAACCUCUGGGAAAGCAAGUACACAAGUAAAAAAAGAAAGUAAAAAAAAAAAAAAAUGGUCCUUCUCACUUUCCUUCCAGACAGCUUGGUCUCCAGAAAUGGUUGAAUGCGGAUGGCCGCUGUCCUAGCUACAGUUACCUGCCGGUUGAUUUGUCUGCUCGGUUAUCCUUCCCCUCUCUCCUAACAUGUGUGGUGUUGUUUUCCCACUUUGUUUUUUAAACCCUUUGAAUUGACGUUGCUUCUGUGCUUGACUCUGGGUGACCAGUACGUGCAUGGUGCUCUCUGGUCCGCCGUGCCCGGGCUGCACAGGUCCGCCGUGCCAGGACCCAGAGCUCCACAAUGCCAGGACCCAGAGGUUGUAACGCUUCAGUGUGUAAUGUUACCAUAUGCCUUACAUGUUUUCCAGGACUAAUAAAAAAGCAUAACAAAAACAA